AUGUCAUCAACAAAAUCUUACGAAUGGAAAAUGUUAGCAUUUGGUCGUAGUCCACAAAUAGCCGAAACAGCUGAAAAACAUUUGCAUUCUCUUGGUUAUAAAAAUGCACGAGUUAUAGCACUGGAGAAUAAUCAAGAAAAUGAUCAACGUUUAAUAAAAUUAUUGAAGGAAGAAGAAUGGGAUGGCGUUUCAAUUGGUGGUGUCAUUAAUGGUCACCGCAAAGAUAUUCCACAAGAAGAAGAAACAUUUCAUUUCUUUAAUCAUUUAUUAAACUUAAUUCACGAAAAUGCAUCAUCGAAAACAAAAAUUGUACUUAUAGGCAAUCCAUCGGAUAUAGAAUCAAGCUAUAAACGUGUUUUAGGAGGAGAUGAAAAAAACAACAUUGACUGA